AUGGCUCUCGCUAACUUAUUCGCGCACAUCGCUUUUUCAUACCUUCUCUUUAUUUUAUGCCUCGUCGUCAAGAUCGAAUUUUUGAUCCGGGUUGUACGGAAACAGAAGCCAAGUAUAUCUCGAGUACCGGGACCACGACUAGCACGAUGGUCGCGAUUGUGGAUUGCAAAAGCGCUCUCGUCUGGAAGAUCUCAUGAGAUAUGGUCCGAAGUAAAUGCGAAAUUUGGUCCCGUUGCCCGGAUUGGUCCUAAUCAUGUCGUCACCGACGACCCUGAAAUAACCCGUCGUAUCCUCGCGGCCAGAUCAGGAUACGUGCGUGGGCCUUGGUUCGAUUCCUUCCGUACCGACCCCCAAGUCCCAAACAUCGUCUCCGAGCGCGAUGUCAAGAAACACGGCCAGAUACGUGCCAAAAUGGCACCGAGCUUCACCAAUACAUCUGUUGCAGCAAUGGAGCCCGUUGUGGACCAGUUGGUGCUUGGCUGGAUAAACUCGCUACGGAAGCGCUUUACUGUACCAGAUCAAGUGCCGUGCGAUAUUGGCGAGAAGAUUCAGUUUCUAACCGUCGAUGUCAUCACCAAAAUCUGUCUGGGAGAUGAGAUUGGGUGCGUUAAGAAUGACCGUGACAUGCAUCAACUCCUCGAGAUAGUGGAAACUGGUAACUGGUUUUGCCAGUAUUUUUCAGUCUUCCUAGAGUUAAAUACACUCUUUUUCCAGUUAACCAGGAUCCCUUAUUUGAGGAAAUUUCUUUUUCCUACGCCUUGCGAUCGCACCGGCAUCGGUCGUCUUAUGGGGAUAAUUCAUGAGGUCGUGGAAAAUCGCGUCAAAGAAGGACAUAAGACAAGUGACGUCGUUAGUUCACUAUUAACGCGGGGAAUGCCAAAGGAUCAGAUAGAUUCCGAACUCACCGUUGCACUCGUGGCCGGCUCCGAUACCACAUCUACCUCGGUACAGAGCAUUCUCUUAAGCAUUAUAGCUAGCCCACAGGUUUACAAGACUCUAUGUGCUGAGAUCCGUGGGGCUGUAGCAGGUGGACGGGUUUCCGACCCCAUUCAAGACGCUGAAGCUAAGCAGCUUGUGUACCUACAAGCUUGCGUCUUAGAAGGCCUACGGAAAUUUCCUCCUCUAAGCCAGCUACGCGAGCGCGUCGUUCCGCCUGGGGGAGAUAUGGUUGGCUGUUUUCACCUCCCGGAGGGUACGUUUGUUGGUUUGAAUAUGUGGGGUGUGCAGCUUAACAAGGCCGUCUAUGGAGAUAACGCUGAGCUCUAUUAUCCGGAGCGUUGGCUGAUAGAUGAUGUUGACAAGCUUCACGCCAUGCAUCAGACUCACUCACUGGUAUUUGGGCAUGGCUCAACCAAAUGUUUAGGCAUGUCCGUAGCCAUGAUGGAAAUCACAAAAGUCAUAUUCGAACUCCUCAGGAAUUUCGAUAUCACUAUUGCCAAUCCCCAUAAACCAUGGUCCAGUAUAUGCUACGGAAUCUUCUUCCAGAAAGACUUCCACGUUCGCCUUACUCCAAUCAACUAUACCAACCCCCCAACCUAUGAGCAUGCCAUAAAAUCCGAAGUAUCCCUUCCCUGA